AUGUCGACGCUCGCGAGUUCCGGGACGCACGCGCGGUGUCGCCUGGUGCGGUGGACGCUCUCGGCGGCGUCGGCGGACCCGAGGCGCGGGGUCGCGGCGGUGGUCCGAAAGCCGUGGCCGUCGAGGCUCGCGAUUGGCGGAGCGGGUGAGCCCCGGACGAGGUCGCGCGCGACGCGGGGGGUCGACGACGACGGACGCGGCGGCGGCGCGGGCGCGUCGGGAGCGCCGAGCGUCCGCACCGCCGAGCCCGAGCGCCCGCGCGGCGGUGCCGACGGAGCCUCCAAGAGCCCGAAGGCGCCAUCGUCGGAGACGCCCUCGGCUCGGCCGAAGCGCCGGCGGGGCCGACCGGUGUCGCGCAAGCCCGCCAAGGCGCCCGUUCCGGGCGACGCGAUGGGUGUCGCGUCGCUCCUGUGGCAGCUCGCGAGGGAGGACGAACAGAUCCUCGGCAGGGCGCGCAUCCAGCCCCACGGCCUCGAAGCCGUGGUGCCAGCCCGGGCAGAUCCAACCUCCUCCCGCGCCUCCUCCUCCCGCGAACCCUUAAGGUCGACGGCGAGGACCAAGAUCGACCUCGACGAGCUCGCGGCACUCGUCGCGGCGGGGAGGAGCACCGCGGACAUCGCGGCACGCUUCGGCGUCACCCGCGCGGCGGUGCGAAAGGCGACGGCCCGGCUGCCGCGACGGCCGGGCGAUGAAGCCGCCGCCGGUGACUCACCGACCGGUGACUCACCGGGCGGUGACUCACCGGGCGCGAGCGACGGGAGUGACGCGGACGACGACGGAUCCCACACGAGCGUGCCCCUGUACAAACGCGCGGGGCGGCGCAAGAACGCGGCUGGGGACGAGGAACGACGCGCGAUGGCCGCGAGACACGCGGGGGUGGCCAGGACUUCCGACACCCGCAGGCGAAUAAGCGCCACGGCUCGCGAGCGGUGGAGGGCGGCGAGGGAGAAGGCCACCGCGGACAAGACCGCGGAGGUGGCCGCGGCGGUGGAUAAGCUGCGACGCGAGGCUGCGACCGCCAUGGUGAGGCUCAAACUCGACGCCGACUCGGGCGCGAACGACGGAACGAAGCCGGAAGAAUCGUCAGCCGCCUCGGAUCCGCGGGGAAGGAGGCGGGAGGUCGCGGCGACGCACUCGUCGGCGCUUCCCUCGUACAACCCCAGCGCGCCCUGGGAGUGGCUCGCGCAGGGUGCCGGUACCGCGUCCGUGGAGGACUACGCCCUCGGCGACUCACCCGCGGACAGAGCCGCCGCGUUUGCCGCGUUGUUGAACGACAAGCACGGCGGCAUCGGCAACGUUUUGGCGUCUGGAGACUUUGAGAAUUCCGUCGACGAGGGCGACUUUGAAUCCCCCGAACACGCCAACGCGUUCCCCGGCGCGUACAUUCCCGGCGUCAAGGGCAUGCCCGGCAUGUCCUUCGACGAGGACGAGGACGAGGACGACGAGGAGCUGCGCGAGACGAAGCGAAAGAUGAAGAACAAGUUGAAGGAGCUAGCGGCGCGCAGGGCGGAGGUUGUGGGCGACGGUACCCCGAAGACGGCCAAGGUGACGGUCGCCAAGUUCACCAACGAGCUCAAAGCUUUCACCCAGCUGAGAGACGACCUAAGCGACUGGUCCGAUAACUUCCUGGCCAGGAACGGGAGACGACCUACGGUGAAGGACGCCGAGAGGACCGGGAUUGAUUUCCUGAUUAAGAGUUUCAAGGAGUACGUGGAGCUCAGGGAUCGGUUGAUGUCGCAGACGCCGUACCUGCGAGGGCAGAUGGAGGACGUCGCGAAGGAGACUUUGCCCACGCCGAGGGUGACGAGGGACGGCGCGAGGCGCGGGCGCGCGGCGGGGGUCAGAGACGGUAUCGAAAAGGCGUCGGGCGUCCUCGGCGGCGCGACGGCUAGGCCAAAGCCGACGAUGAUCUUUUCGAGUCCGCCGCAGGGGGGCGGUAUCUUGGGCGCGAGCGGGUACGGGAACGGGAGGACGCUGCCGCCGGCGACUCCCCCGGAGCGUAGGAACCGCUCGCACCAGCCGAGGAACAAGUAGCGGCGAAAGAAUCGUCCGACUCGACGUGUUUGUAUUUGUACAACGAACAAAGAAAUUGGAAAGAA